GUCACUUUUUUCAGUUUUGCAGAACGCGAGAGAGCCAGAAGCGUCUACCUAGUCCCAGAAGGUAAAGAACUCGACGAGAAAGACAGAGUUUUAGCGUUCCCAUACAAACCAUGGCCCAAACAAGCCAGCAACACAUCCGAGGGAACACCACGCCUCAUUUUCAGCAACCAAGGGUCCAAAUAUUCAAAUCCCAGUCCAUCGGCGAAGGCUCGUUUGGAACCGUGUACAAAUCCCACCUGGAUCUCCUGCCCUGUGCUGCCAAAACACUUCGCUCGGAGCUAUUUUCGACAAUUUCGCCGAAAACGUCCGCCUUUUUUGGAGGAUUAACGAUCGAGAAGAUUGAGGAAGGAUUCGAAUGUGUGUACCAACUGAGGCACCCCAACAUCGUCCAGUGUCUCAGUGUGUAUCGCGACGACGAAACCGGGUUCCCCGUUCUGCUGAUGGAGCUCGCACCGGAAAACCUGUCGUCGUUUAUCCAGCGAAAUCCGUCAGUCGGAAACCGUCUCCACAUUCAGGUUGAUAUCGGUUACGACGUAGUGUUGGGGCUUCAUUUCCUGCAUUCCAAUGGCAUCGUCCACGGCAACCUAUCGGGGAACAACAUCCUUAUGUUUCCAAGUCACCGAGCGAAACUCGGCGAUUUUCACUCAAUCGAUUUACCGGUCAUCGUCCAAUCAGUGGAUGGGGCGUCCCAGAGUGUGGCGUACAUGGCUCCGGAGGUAUUUGGGAUGGAGACGGAAGUCUGGGCGGAGGAGAUGGACAUAUUUUCUGUGGGUGUGGUCUUAAUGCAGCUGGUAACUGGCCACGCCCCUCAGCUCCACCUACCUGGUCGUGAGCUAGAGCUAGAGAAACGCUACCCGCAGUUCAACCUCAUGAAAAGACACACCCCCUUCUCCACACCCUGUCUGACUGUCUCUCCCCUGACAAGACAGAGCGACCUUCCACCUCUGACCUCUGCACCCGUCUGA